AUGGCGGACCCCAAGGGAACUACCAUGAGCGCGCAGGAACAGAUUCAGAAAGUCCGUCAGACGCGGAUUCUGCCCAUGGAAGCCACGAAUCUAGGUCACUUCUCGGACAAAUCUACGGACACAGGCAUGCCUCUGGAAGACUGGGACCUAGAAUUGGACACGACAACACAAGAUGGAAAAGACCUCCAACUAGCAGCUUCGAAUCUCAAACAUUCAGAUGUCCCGGUUGCAUUUCCAACAGAGACUGUAUAUGGACUCGGUGCGGACGCAACUCGCAGCGCAGCAGUCAAAGGAAUCUAUCAAGCCAAGCAGAGACCAUCCGACAACCCUCUGAUUGUACACAUCGCAUCUCUCAAGCAGUUGAGAAAGUUGUUGUCUACCUCUAAUUCAUCACCCAACGUCGAUCCAAUUCCGCAAAUAUAUCACCCUCUGAUCCAGCGCUUCUGGCCAGGGCCAAUCACUAUCAUUUUACCGGUACCAGAAGACUCGAAACUAGCACCUGAAGUUACGGCUGGACUGCGAACUUUCGGCGCAAGAAUGCCACGGAAUCUGCUUGCGCUGGCCUUGAUCAAGACUGCGGACGUACCGGUGGCAGCACCUUCUGCAAAUGCCUCGACAAAACCAUCACCGACAGCCGCCGAACAUGUGCGCUAUGAUCUGGACGGCCGUAUCGAGUUGAUUGUGGACGGCGGUCCAUGCGAUGUUGGCGUCGAGAGCACAGUAGUUGACGGUCUGAGCUCGCCUCCUGCUGUUCUCAGACCAGGUGGUAUAGGCAUUGAUUUGAUCAAGACGGUGCCCGGCUGGGAGAACACGGUAGUAGGCUACCAUGAUGUUUCCCUGGAGGGAGAUGCCGCACCCAGGGCUCCAGGCAUGAAGUACCGACACUACUCUCCGAAAGCACCUGUCAUGUUGGUCGAAGCCGCAGGGGGCAAGCAACUACACGUUUCGGACCUGUCACGCCAGCUCGGUCCAAACGGCAGCUUGGGAUUAGUCAGGACCAAAACCUGGAAGAGUAUGCUGGGAGUCGAGGUAGCCGAAAGUGCCAAGGAGGCGGGCUCAGUCCAUCUGGAGUCGGGUCCGAGAAGCGCUGACAUCUCCGCCUCACCCUUGGAAGCCAUGCUUCGGGAAAGCGCCUAUGACCGGAAGCAGCUUCAUGCACGAGAGAUCAUUUUACAAGACGAGGAUAGGCGCUUCACAUUGUGGGACAUAUGCAUAGGGCCAGACACUGCCAAUGUGGCGCGUGGCCUGUUCUCGGCGUUGAGGGAACUGGAUCGUAAGGAUGUGGAUGCAAUUAUUGUAGAAGGUAUUGAUGACGGAGAAGGCGAUAUUGCGGCGGCAGUUAUGAACCGAGNNUUGCGCAAGGCUGCCGAGGUUAAGCUCGAGCAGCUCUAG